AUGUAGCUUUUUAAAAAUAUUUAACUAAUGAUUAAAAUAGCAAUCUUACUACUUUUUAAAGGAGUUUAUUAAGUUAAAGGAAUUGAUUGUACAGAUAUUAUAUCACAAUAUAAUUUUGAUUCAUCGCAAAUUAUGUGUGCAUUAGAUUUUAAUUUAAUCUCAGAUUUCAGAUAAAUAAGUCAUAAUUUAAACUUUCCAAGCGAUGAUUGCAAAAAUAUUAAAAGUAUUCUAACAGAUAAAACAUAUUAUGGAACAGGAGGUGAUAAUUGUGAUUAUACAAAACCUAUAAUACUUAAUUAUGAUAGUUGGCCAUAUUAUGCUUAAAGAGUAUUCGUUUAGCAAACUCAGUGGGCAUUCUCAUCCACUAGAAGUGAUUGCCCGCUUUUAACUUCUUAUAUAUCUGUUAAUGAUUCAGCUCCAUAAUCUUUCAGUCCUCCAUUAUCUGAUUACUUUAGUGCAAUAAUUUUAUGUGAUUACUAUAAUACAAGCUUUCUUGUUCAUAAUGUUAACUAAAGAGUUACUAAGGUUUCCUUCAGUCCUGGCCUUUAUGUUAAAUAUAUUGAAAAACUUUACAUAUUAAUAUUUAAGUGUCCUAAAUUUUGCAGUUCAUGUGAUGAUAAUUUAAUAAAUUGCCAUAGUUGUGCUGAUGGAUACUAUUUAGAUUUAACAAGCGGCACUAAUUGCUUAGACUGUGAUUAGAGUUGUUUUACUUGCAAUGGCUCUCUACCUACUAAUUGCUUAACAUGUCCAUCUGGAAAGUAUUUAUAUAAGAAUAAAUCUUGUUAAUCAUGUUAAAAUACAGGAGUAUUCAUAAGCGGCACUAAUUGCUUAGAUUGUGAUUAAAGUUGUUUAACUUGCAACGGCUCUCUACCUACUAAUUGCUUAACAUGUCCUGCAGGAAAAUAUUUAUAUAGGAAUAACUCUUGUUAAUCAUGCUAAAAUACAGGAGUAUUCAUAAGCGGUACUAAUUGCUUAGACUGUGAUUAGAGUUGUUUUACUUGCAACGGCUCUCUACCUACUAAUUGCUUAACAUGUCCUAAUGGAAAGUAUCUACAUGAUGAUAAUUCAUGUAAAGUCUGUAAAACAAAUGAUGGAUUUAUUAUUGAAGGUAUAUAUUGUAAAGCCUGCUUUAAGGGGUGUAAAACUUGUUUUGGACUAAGUAAAAACUAAUGUUCUGAUUGCUAUGAUUCAUAUUCUUUAUUUAAAUCAUAAUGCGAUUAAUAAUUUUUUACCUAUAAUUCCUCAUUCGGAGAUAGUUCUAUUUUCUUCCUCAGGCUUUGGCUUAUUAAUGAGUGGCUUUAUAGUUUAGAAGUUUAGCUAUUUUUUACUAAUAGACACUAUAUUACCCAGAAAUAUCUAUUAAUUCUUGUAAUCUUUAUCUAAACAAUAUCCAACUAACCAAUUGAAAUUUCUAAACGCCUUUGA